UAACAUGAUUGGGAUCAGAUUACAAAAAUAUUUCAGAAUGAUAACUGAUAUCUUACGAUUUCAUUAGGUUACCUGAUUUCGCGAGAUUUAGAAGGCCACUGUUCGAAAGUAUAUUAGUUCAACACUCGUUUCAAGUGCAUCACUUUUUUUUUUCAGUGGAAAAAAUUCCGGAUUUCAGAAUCAAAAAUGUUAAAAUUGAGCCGCAGUCUCACCAUGUUCUCAUCUUGUAUCCUACUUCUACUUCUCAAACCCAUCUUCUGUAUUCGCUGGGAAUUCGUGGAUCAGACCCCAGUCUCCGAAGGUUUCGACUCAUUAUUCACCAAAGAGUGGUUCUUCGUCGACAAAUCCGAAAUGAUCGGUACGUUUUUCAGCCAACCCAAAGGUUCCUUCUCCUACAUCAGCUGCCCUCAUGGUUUUGGUAAAACUCAGAACCUAUUGAUGAUCAAAUCAUUCGCCAACGUCGAACUAGACGAAGACACGUGUAAACGUAAAGCUCUCACAAUGUCCAGAAACUAUCACACAUUCAAAAGACUGAAAAUAUUCAAACGUUCGUCCGUAAUCGAGGAGCACAUGAGUAAAUAUAGCGUCGUGCAUCUUCAUUUGAACAUCACCUUUCGAAAUAAACCAAUCACUGCCGAAAAUUUUCUGCAAGAGAUGCGAGAGAAAAUUCGAAACACAGUGCUGAAUGAUUUAAUGUGGCUAGUCAAGCUGAUGGAUAAAGUGAUAGCCAAACAGGUCAACGUAACAGGCGUGUACGAGUUCCACGGUUCCGAGUAUUCUUUUUUGAAAAAAUCUCUAGAAGGUCUUUUGGACGAACGUGAAAUCAAAUACUGUUUGCUGAGUUUCGCUGAAAUCUACCAUAAUUUUUUCAAAAAACCUGUGAUAGUCUUAAUCGACGAUUACGAUUACGUCGCCCACGAAUCGCUGACCACUAAUACGAAUCCCAUCAUGUAUUAUAAAUUCAUUAACGAGAUGAUCGAGAAAGUUAUACCUUCCGAUAACAACUCCAUAGUGAGUUACGGUUUAUUAACUGGCAGAACCAAGAUACCGUUGAGUAUCGGAGGCUUGGAUAAAAAAAUAAUCCAGUAUAGAUUCCUCAACAUGCACAGAUUCGUGAAAUAUUACGGAUUUUACGAAGACGAGGUUCAAGAAGUCUACAAAAGAUACAAUCUAUCGCAGAAAGAAAUCCAAAGAGCUCGAGUCCUCUACGAAGGAUACUCUCUUUCGAACGGAUUCGUCAAAAUCUAUAACCCGUACAGUAUUGUGCAGUACCUCGAACACAGGAAAACUAGCCCGGAUAAUUUCUACUGGUGUUAUGGCGAACAACACAUGUAUAUUUCGGCGUUUCUUAAAUCAUCGCUGUUUCGUCAAGAAGUUGCUAUAUUGUGCGAUUAUCAGCCUGUGAGGUAUGAUUCCCUAGGGUUUUAUGUGCCCAAUGCUCUGGAUACGUUGUUAGCGUUGAGGAAUACCAAGUACGCGAUGAUUGGUGAUUCCCAUUUGCAUCUGUUGUUUUCGUAUGCGUUUGAGAAUGGGUUGUUGUGCUAUACGAAGGAGAGGAAUUCGUAUAUUAUACCGAAUACGGAAGUAAGAGCGUUAUUGCUUAUUAUGAAUGAUUUGUAUCAGAAGAACAAGAGCAAAUCGGCGAAAAUUCAGGAUACUUAGAAUCGUCGAGAAUGUGGUAGGAUUUUGGAAUGGAUGAAUUAAGUAUUGAGUUUGAUGAGAAUUUGUGAAUAUCAGCUUGUUGAUGUUGACUCGAUUUUAUCGCUUUGGAGGUGGUUUGCGAAAAAAAAAAUGCACGAGAAUGGUAACCACAAAUUCAGUGAAGACUUUCAUAUCAAGUUAAAAGUCACUCGGAAAAUUGUAAUCUCGGGCAGUGACCCCUGAAGACGAGACAUAUAGGUUCUCGAAGGAGGGGGGCAUUUUACUUGCCUCUACUCAACUUGUUUUGGGGAAAAUGGCCCAAUUUCAAAAGAUAGUACAUAGAUAUGUAUUUGUACUUGAGAUUCUGCGUUGACCUAGAUCAUUUCCAUCAGAAUCCAGGACCAGUUCUUGGGCUAUGAUGAAGCCAAAAAAGUUGGUAGGUAAGAUUUUGAAGAUUUUGAAGAUUUUUUAAAAAUUGACAGCGAUUAUUAAAGAAUUGGCACCACUGCGUUUCAAAAUAUUUCCCAAGUUUUAGAAAUUAUGCAUUUCAAUAUUUUGGUAUAAAUAUGUACUUAAUGCAAAAUAUUUGGAAAAAAAAUUGCUCAAUUUUUUUCAUAUCAUCUAUUCUUGUUAUCGCUCAGUAGAAACCUGAAAGUGGUCUGGGAUUUUAGAUGGACGCAGAAUCUGAAAAUAUUAUCUUUAGGAACUGAGUCAUUUUCCCCAAAACAGGCUGGGUAUGGGUUAAAUAAAAAGAACCACAAUUUUAUCAAAAAUACUCUUUCUAUAAGGAUCCAUAUCUCGCCUUCAGGGACACCUCCGGAACUGAAAUUUUUUCUGAAUGACUUUCCACUCAAAAUGAAAGUCUUCACUGAAUUUAAUCAAAAUUCUCCAACACUUUUUUGCGAUCCGUUCUCCUGACAAUGAGACACGUUGAAUCACGUGAUAAAUUGACUGUGCAAAUUUUGCUCUGAACUAAAAUCAAACAAAUUUACCUUGUCCAAAAGAAUAUCAGUCCAAAAUCAUGAUAAAUUUCUAAAAUGUAUUUUCAUCUGUUUAAGACUGCUCAAAAAUUCAAGUGUUGAAAAAUUUGAAGCUAGGAGUACCUAAGUAUUUAAUGGACUUUAUAUAAAAAAAUAUUUAAAAUGUUUAUGAAAGAAAAAGGGAGCGUACCCAGAUAAUGAUUUUUGCCAUUUUUUUUAUUUUUUUGAAUGUUUUCUAGAUCAAAAUUUCGAUGAAACAUCGAAAAUACUUGUACAAAGUGAUUACUAACCUAUAUCUUAGUUUUCGAUUGUUUUGUUUUUUUUUCGUAGGAAAAAUACUCCCACUUUGAUUUGAAUAGGCAACUAUCAAAACAUUGUACUAUGAUCAGGGUCGUCGAGAAGAGAGGAAGGGUGAAGGGGACAGUUUGUCCUGGGCUCGCACUUUCUGGAGGGCUCUGGCAAAAAAAGGGUCUGUGAUAAAUGAAAACCCUAUUUUUUUAUUUCUCAAAAUACAAAUUUUCGAAAGCUUUUGCCCCUGCAAACUUUUUCACAAUGGAAAUUUCUAAAAAAAAAAAAUAUGAAGUAUUCAACUUUUACUGAGAAAAAAAGCUUCUCGCAUAAAAAGUAUCAUGUUUAAUUGAGGAGCUGAGAAUCAAAACUCACAUUUGCCAAAAAAAAAAAUACCGUUUUAUGGCAGAUUUGGAUAUACCGUUUUACACUCUAUAAUGUGACAUAUUCGGUUUUUUUGGAUCAAAGUCAUUUUGGUGUGAAAUUCACUUUCAAAACCAAGGGUUAGAAUCAAAACUUAGUUUUGUUUGCAAAAUUCCAUAGGGAAAAGUUUGAUAACAAGCUGAAUUUUGAUACACGGGGUUUUUUUGAUACGCUGAACAUGAAUUUGGGGUGUCCAGGUGAAUCCGGUGUACGCUUCCCCCUUUUUUGUGGACCUUAAGCCCCCAAAUUUGUUUUUAUGCGUUCAGGUCCGAAAAUAUGCAAUUUUAUGCAAAAUGCUUCUCAUCGAUUUCGUUUUACUAUUCCACGUCGAAUGAAGAGUCAGCGAAGUUUCCCACCCCAAAGAGGGUGGACCUAUGGUCACUCAAAGUAGGGGUGCACAGUGGACUGUGAGCACCCUCAAAACGGGCGUAAUUCAAAAACAUACAAUGAACCCUAAAAAAAUGGUACAAUGGUAUCCUCCCUUAUGUUUUUUGGGUCGCAGAAUACGAAUUUGACAAUAUUUUUUUUGUAGGGGUGGGGGAUGAGGGGGCGAGGGGGCGAGAAAUUCAAAAUUUGACUAUAAUGAUGUGUGAUAUGUCGAAAUGUAUGUUUUUGAGGGUGUAGAUCACGAAUUUGACAAUAUUUUUUUCGUAGGGGUCAAUGGUGGGGGUGAGGGGUGAAAAUGGUUAAAAAUUCAAAAUUUGACUGUAAUGAUGUGUGACAUGUUGAAAUGUAUGUUUUCGUGGUUGUAGAUCACGAAUUUGACAAUAUUUUUUUCGUAAGGGUUAAUGGUGGGAGAUGAAGGGGGUGAAAAUUCAAAAUUUGACCAUAAUGAUGUGUGAUAUGUAGACAUGUAUGUUUUUGAGGGUGUAGAUCACGAAUUUGACAAUAUUUUUUUCGUAGGGGUGAAUUGUGGGGGAUGAAGGGGGUGAAAACUGUGAAAAAUUCAAAAUUUGACCAUAAUGAUGUGUGAUAUGUCAAAAUGUAUGUUUUCGAGGUUGUAGAUCACGAAUUUGACAAUAUUUUUCGUAGGGGUUAAUGGUGGGGGAUGGAGGGGGUGAAAAAUUCAAAAUUUGACCAUAAUGAUGUGUGAUAUGUCGAAAUGUAUGUUUUUGAGGGUGUAGAUCACGAAUUUGACAAUAUUUUUUUCGUAGGGGGGAAUUGUGGGGGAUGAAGGGGGUGAAAACGGUGAACAAUUCAAAAUUUGACUAUAAUGAUGUGUAAUAUGUCGAAAUGUACCAAGUAUGAAUAAUUCAACUGAAAGUGAGUAAUUUUCAUCAAUUUACUCAAUUUUAGUUGUUAUAAAGUCACUAUAGAGGUUUAAUUUACCUACGUUAAAACUCCGUAUAGAACAAAUUUUUGCGCGUUGAUGCACGGGAAAUCCCAGGGGCUAGUACUUCAGAUAGUGUAUUUCAAGAUGUCAUUUGCCAUUUUUGCCCCCGAAUGCCCCGGCGACCACAACAGUCAAUUAUAGUGAAAAAUCAUGGUGAAUUUUGUUUAAAUGUUACAAAUUUUUUCUUCCAGGGACUUUGACGGCUCUCCAAUAGAAAAUUCUCCAUCCCCCACCCUUCACCUUUUCUACACCUUCAAAAACAUACAUUUUGACAUAUCACACAUCAUUAUGGUCAAAUUUUGAAUUUUUCACCGUUUUCACCCCCUUCAUCCCCCACCAUUGACCCCUACGAAAAAAAUAUUGUCAAAUUCGUAAUCUACACCCUCAAAAACAUACAUUUCGACAUAUCACACAUCAUUAUGGUCAAAUUUUGAAUUUUUCACCCCCUUCAUCCCCCACCAUUAAUCCUUACGAAAAAAAUAUUGUCAAAUUCGUGAUCUACAACCACGAAAACAUACAUUUCGACAUAUCACACAUCAUUCUAGUCAAAUUUUGAAUUUCUCGCCCCCCUAACCCCCUCAUCCCCCACCCCUACAAAAAAAAUAUUGUCAAAUUCGUAUUUUGCGACCCAAAAAACGUAAAUUUUGCAUAAAAUUGCAUAUUUUCGGACUUAAACGCAAAAAUACAAAUUUGGGGGCUUAAGGUCCACAAAAAAGGGGGAAGCGUACACCGGAUUCACCUGGACACUCCAAAUUCGUGUUCAGCGUAUCAAAAAACCCCCGAGUACCAAAAUUCAGCUUGUUAUCAAAGUUUUCCCUAUCGUCGCAAUUAAAUCAGUGAAAAAAAAUUUGAUCGCAAAUCUUGGAGUCAAAACUCACAUUUGCCAUUCUUUGUCUGGAUAUUAAAGCAGAAGGGAGCUAGGUGAAAAUCAGCCAACACACGGAAUCGUGUGCUAGUAGCGCUAUCUAAUGAUUCAUUUCGGUAUUAUAAGUUUUUUCAACUGGCAACACUACCAACUCAGUUUUUCGCGUUUUUCUCAAAAUCGUUUAUGGUGGCAAAUGUGAGUUUUGAUUCUCAGCUCCUCAAUUAUUGUUUAUACCUCUCGAAAUACAAAUUUUCAAGAGCCUAUUCAAGAGAGGACAAUAACGUCAACAACUUUUGAAAUGAAAAAAGAACAGGCUCAAGUAUACUUGAGCCUGAAAAAGAACAGGCUCAAGUAUACUUGAGCCUGUUCUUUUUUCAUUUUUAAAAUCAACAUUUCAAAAGUUGUUGACGUUAUUGUCCUCCGUUUUUUUCGAAAUCAACUUCCUAAAAAAAUAUCGUUUUUAGGUCUCUGAAAUGAAAUUUUCCAAAACUUUUACACUUGCUUCGCUUGAGUCAAUUUGUUUCUUGUUUUAAAAUAGUAAUAAAAACUUCUUAUAAGGAAAUUGGUAUUUUUUCCAGAAAAUUUUCAGUCGAAUCCUCUUCCUCUCUCAAAAAAUCUCUACAUAUUUUCGUCCCAAGAAAUGGGAUCUAAUUAUAUUGGGCCCGGGCCCGCAUUGCUGGCAUUGGCUCUCGACGACCCUGGCUAUGAUUGGUGUUGAAAUACAAUUACUUUUUCUAUACCAACUGAUUUGUAAAUAAUUUCAAUUUUUUAGUGUAAUUAAUUUUUUGUGAUUUUUUUUACCUAUCUUUGUUUCGAAUACAGAUGUUUUUUUUUAUCAUUUUCAGUAUUAAUACUUGUUGAGAAUAAAUAUUUUAAAAAUGAAUUCAUCACAAAU